CCGGAUCCGACUAGCCUCUGCGAGGCGGGAAGCGGAGGACCGCCUAGUUCACACGGACAGUGUGGGGCAUCAGGGCGGAAAGCGUCGGGAAGAUGGACGGCUGGCUCUUCUGUGCGGGCGGAGGCUGCCAGGUCCCGAGGUCCAUAUUUCAGGUUGCAGCAGCGUACCUCCUGAUUCUUUGGUGGAUUAUCAGACUAUGAAACUUCUCUGAAGUCACCCUCAGCAUCCUGACUGUGACCUUUUAAGGGUCACAGUACACGUAGGCAGAACCACAUGGAGCAACUGCAAGAGGCUAUACAUGGAAUUUUGUGAGGAAUGCCAGGGUGGACGGACUUGGAUAUGUCGGUGUCGUCAUUCUAUAGAGCUCCAUUCUUCUGCAGUCCAAGAGAAAUGUUGCUAGAAGAGAAUAUUCUGUGGAAUGAAACCUUUUUCCAUAUUAUGACCAAUAUUUAUUAAGAAACACAUCUAUUCUACAAAUACCAAGUGUUAUAGUCUUGAAGAAGCAGCCAUUUACAACAGACCGGAGAACAUGAAAAUGUUUGUUAGUGGCAGAAGAGCCAAAAGAUGGAAAUUUUUUCAGCUGUUUGCCACUUGUUUUAUAUUAAGCUUCAUGGCUUUCUGGGGCCCAACCAGUAAAAACAUUGUGAACCAUAUGAAGUCCUACUCCUACAGAUACCUCAUAAAUAGCUAUGACUUUGUGAAUAACUCCCUGUCUGUCAAGCACAGCUCCAAGCAACCUCACUACCGAUACUUGAUCAACCACAAAGAGAAGUGUCAGGCUCAAGAUGUCCUCCUCUUACUGUUUAUAAAGACUGCCCCUGCAAACUAUGACCGACGUUCUGCAAUCAGAAAAACGUGGGGCAAUGAGAAUUAUGUUCAGUCCCAACUUAAUGCCAACAUCAAAAUUCUGUUUGCCUUAGGAACUCCUGCUCCACCGAAGGGAGAAGAACUGCAAAAGAAACUGAAUUGGGAAGAUGAAGUAUACAAGGAUAUAAUUCAGCAAGAUUUUGUUGAUUCUUUCUACAAUCUUACUUUAAAAUUGCUCCUUCAGUUCAGCUGGACGAAUACCUUUUGCCCACAUGCCAAAUUCCUGAUGACUGCUGAUGAUGAUAUAUUUAUUCACAUGCCAAACCUCAUUGAAUACCUUCAAGGGCUAGAGCAGAUUGGUGUUCAAGACUUUUGGAUUGGUCAUGUUCAUCGUGGUAGCCCUCCUAUUAGGAAUAAAAGAAGCAAGUACUAUGUUCCCUAUGAAAUGUACCAAUGGCCAGCUUACCCUGACUAUACAGCUGGUGCUGCCUAUGUCAUCUCCAGUGAUGUAGCUGCCAAAGUCUAUGAGGCAUCACAGAUGCUGAAUUCCAGCCUGUACAUAGAUGAUGUGUUCAUGGGCCUCUGUGCCAAUAAAAUGGGGAUAGUGCCACAGAACCAUGUAUUUUUUUCUGGAGGAGGUAAGGUUCCCUACCAUCCUUGCAUCUAUGAGAAGAUGAUGACAUCUCAUGGACACUUACAUGAUCUGCAGGCCCUCUGGAUGGAGGCUACAGAUCCUAAAGUAAAGAACAUCUCAGAAGGUUUUUUGGGUCAAAUAUACUGUAGGUUAAUUAAGAUAUUUCUCUUCUGCAGAUUGACUUGCACAAGUGCAUAUACUUGCAGGGCUGCAUUUGCUUAAUAACACUUGAAUGCUGCAUGCACUAUGUUCACUGUAACUGAGCCAAACAGAAGGAAAAGAAAUCUUUAAGCGUUUCUCCAUAACCUAAGUGAAAUGAACUGAAAGCAAAGAGGUCAUUUCAAAUUCCAGAGGAUUACAACAUGUCCUAUUACAGAAACUAGUCAAUGUAAUGCCUAAUCCAAGGGUUUCAAAUUUUAGUAGACUUAGCUCAUGAGCAAAAGCAAAAGUAAAACAUAAUUCAAGUUCUUACUCGGUGCCACAUGUCUUUGAGGUAUGGAGAGCAAUUGAGAUGCCUUGAUAUCAAAGUAAUGGUCCGGGGAAGUACCUAACAAAUGGAUAAUGAACAUUUCUAAGAAAUUAGUAUACCUUUAGAAACAAGCAUUCCAAUUUAUUUUUAUUAGAGAGUACUUGGCGGGGGUGAGCAGGGGGUAUAGAAGAAAAGUAUACCAACCUGAAGAAAGUUUCAAUCUAAUGGAGACAUAAAGGAGAAUGUCUACAGUCUUGUUAUGAUUGAAUCAUUUAACAUUGACAUUCCUGUAGCUAUUUAUCUAAACCGUUCUAGAACCAUCUAAAAAAUAUAUUUUCUCAAAUUUAAUUUUUAAUAUAAAAUUUGAGAAAAUAAUCAGCUCUGUCCUCAUUAGGACUUUCUGAAGAUUUUCCCUAAAAUUAUCAAACUCUAUAAAGAGAAAUUACUGUCAACUCCAAUAAACUGAUUUUAACUUAAUGAAUUAUUCGAUGGGUUUUAAAGCACUAAAUAUUGGCCUUUGCUUAAGGUAGUUGUUUGAAUAGUGCUUUUAUAGAGGAAUACAAUAUUGGAAGAAACUUAAAGGAGAGGCGGGGCUGGGGUGUAACUACACACCCAGAAAGAAAAGGCGAGGAUGCAAUAAUGGCCCCUUUUCCUUGUAACUUGUAAUAUGUUAGCUUGGAGUCCAAAUCACAGCAGUAAUAACUAAGAUCAGCCCACGACUUGUCAACAAGGUCUCGUAGGCCACAGAUUUUGUUCUAAGUACAGACUUUUAACUUAAAGUCUUUAAUGUGCUACCAUGUCUAAAUAAUCCAUUAUUUAGCUAAAUAACUAUCAGCCAUUAUCUUCUCAGUAUUUCAAACAUUGAAGCAGAGCAAGAGUCAUUGAGAAACUAACCAAGUGAGGCUGAAAGUUUCAGUAAAACUGCAUUCUUUGUAACCAGAGAUUUGGCAGAUCGAAUAAAUACUGACUUUACAAAGUAAGAUAAAAAAUGUGGCUGUAAUGCCAAUGGUGCACCAGCAUGGUAAGGACUAAGUGACGUCCAUUGAUGGAGACAUGCAAUGCAGACCAAAAUAAUGACCUCAUAAAAAGCAGACGGGCUAAUUAACAAACCUCGGACAGAGGCAUAUGUUAGGAAAGCCCAGCUACCAUUAUCAUGGUGUUGGGGGAAAAACUAAGAAUUUCUCAGAGUAACUAAAUGAUACCUGUGUUUUUACAGGUAGUUUGUUUUAAUGUUUACAGAAAUCUUUGUGAAUUUUUCUACUAUGAGAUUUGAGGCUUCUUUACACUGCUUGGGUAAUUUCUUACUAACCUCAAGAUUUGGUGUUAAAUAUUCUUAGAUACUUUUAUGGUAGAUUCAGGGUUUUAGAUUAUUACAGUUCAGAUUUUUCUGAUGAUUUUUUUGUUUUAAGAAACUAGAAAACAAAAGCUUCAUUUGAAAAGCAGCCUCAUAGUUAAUCCUCACCAGUUGGCUCUUUGAUAACUGCUGGCUUUGGGCUCUAUGUGCCCCAGUCUCAACUUUGAGCUGAUGAAAGUUGCCACCAGCUGCAAAACAUCAUCUCUCUGUGGCUAUUGGGGUGAUCUUGUUUACAUCCAGUCGUUAUGAAGCUGUUAUUUAUUUGCUUCAUUGAGCUCUCUUGAACUGCGUUCAUCUUUCUUAUUUUUGCUUAGAAUAGAAUGGAACCAGUUUAGGUACUUUUUGUCUUUUGGAGUUGUUAGAUGAUUCCAGCAUCAGACCCAAAGGCUUGAGAAGUGUAAACAGAACUGUUCUAACUUUUUUUUAAAAGGAGAAAAACCUUGGUGCUGAAAUGCAGGGCUGUUUUCAAAAUGGAAAGCAAAACAGAAAAGGAAAAUCAACUAUUGGCCCAGAUGGUCAAAAUGUCUAUGCACACAGUAAUAGUGCUAAAAAAAACCUCUUACUUCUUGAUUGGUUUGAGUCUUUUAUUCAGCUAUUAAUUUUAUAUCAAAAGGUUAAAUAUUUUUAUUGCUUGAGUUUCAAUCUUGUGUGGCAAAAUAAUUAGAAUGUCUAAAAAGCCUAUGCUUACCAAUAAAUAACUUAAAAACCAUCAGUAAUGUGUAUUUAGACUCCUGUGUGAGUAUUAUUUUGUAUAUAAUCACCUUCUUUUUGAUAUUGCCCUAUUUGUGUUCACAUUGCUGCUCUGCUCAGUUCAGAGCAUUGCCAGGUCUUUAUUACAAAGCUAUCUGACGAGGUCUGUUUCUGUGCUUGUGGGGAAAUGCCGUUUCAUAAUCACUUAUUCAUAAUGGCAUGAAAUAAAGAACAUGCAACCUAGUCAUGCCAGUUAAAGAGGUUAGACUCCAUUCAUUAGCUGAGUCAAAAAGGAAUUUGGAAGUAUCUGCAUCAUUCAGGUGUAGCAGAAUUUUGUACUUGGAAGACAUGCCUGGAUUUAUCUGUAGUUUGGACCAAAGAUAUUUUAUCACUUGGAAGGACUCAUUACUUAAAGUGAAUUUUUGCGGUUUACCUGGACAUCAUAGCUACAUUGAGAAUGGGCCCUAUGAUCUCUGAAUGUGCCCUUCUUCCAUGAUAAUAAGAGAGCUUUAGAUGUCUCCCUCACUGUUUUUUACUGAUUGGAAAGGACAUGUGUCUGAAUUAUGUAUCUGUUCCAGAACAAGAUUUAGUUAGCUUUCCUCACACUGUCCCUUUGCUCUACACCUCCAAUGCUGCCUCUAAUGCGGAACCUAAACUCUCGCACCUGGCUUUAGAGCCUCAUCUCUUUAUCCCCUGUAAAGUUUACUCUGCCCACUGCUGAUGCCAUCACAGAUUCCUUUACUUUCGGUCCCUGGUGGUGCUGCGUUCCUUUGUCAAGAGCACUGCCUCUGUCUCAUGCAGACAAAGGUGAAUGUUCCAUAAAGCCCUAGUUGUAAGAAUCUGGAAGAAGCAGGUCUGUGCUGACGACCCUUACAAGGUCACUGCAGAUCUCAGGUGGGCACCUCUCUCCCUGCCAGGCCCCACGGGAGGCAUGACACACUUCCAGUCCUCUCUGCAUUGCCCCUCUUGACCGCCCCCAUUUCCUCUAAUUAUCUACGUGUCUCUCUCUGUGCAGAGACACAGCCUGAAACCUUCCACAUCUGCCUUCUAGAGCCACAGCCACACCUGUGGCAAGGCCUACUAAUUGUUCACUAUUUUCCCCCUUGGCUAGUGUAAAUUCUGGUAGUAGAGAUUCCAUAUCCAAUUGCCUAGAAUGUUCUGGCAAAAUAUCACCUAUGAAAAUAUUAUUCAGAGCCCUUCAUAGGUAUUUUCUGAUGUCAACAUUUGCUUACAGUACCUGAAACUUUGCAAUUUAUGAAAUAAAAUCUGAAUAUUUCAGCGUCCGA